AUGCCGUCCCCCGGGCAAUCGCUAGCCCGAUAGGCCCCGCUGCAUUCUGGGAGUUGUAGUCUCUAGCGACUGGCCCCGCCCCGUGUGCAGCUUUCGCGGCCUGCGUCUGGAGAAAACCCUAGCGGGUGGCUCCGUGCGGCCAGAGCUCUGGAGAGUGGUGCCGCCUUCCAACCUUCUUCCCCCAGCCCUGGUGGCCAGCUCCGCCUCCUCUCGAAUCUUUUCCACAGCCCAAAAUGGCCGCAGAGGUGUAUUUUGGCGACCUAGAGCUGUUCGAGCCGUUCGACCACCCAGAGGAGUCGAUUCCGAAGCCGGUUCACACUCGCUUCAAGGACGACGACGGCGACGAGGAGGACGAAAAUGGGGUCGGCGACGCGGAGCUACGGGAGCGGCUUCGGCAGUGCGAGGAGACCAUCGAGCACCUCCGCGCCGAGAAUCAAGAACUUAAACGAAAAUUGAACAUUCUGACUCGACCGAGUGGAAUAUUGGUGAACGAUACUAAGUUAGAUGGACCUAUAUUACAGAUUCUAUUCAUGAACAAUGCUAUUUCAAAGCAAUAUCAUCAAGAAAUAGAGGAAUUUGUAUCAAAUUUAGUAAAAAGAUUUGAGGAACAGCAGAAAAAUGAUGUGGAAAAGACUUCCUUUAAUCUUUUGCCCCAGCCAUCCAGUAUUGUGCUAGAGGAGGACCACAAAGUGGAAGAGUCCUGUGCCAUUAAAAACAACAAGGAAGCUUUCAGCGUUGUAGGAAGUGUCCUGUAUUUUACUAAUUUUUGCCUUGAUAAAUUGGGGCAACCGCUUCUAAAUGAAAACCCUCAGCUUUCCGAAGGAUGGGAAAUACCCAAGUACCAUCAAGUCUUCAGCCACAUUGUUUCUCUAGAAGGGCAAGAAAUACAAGUAAAGGCAAAAAGGCCAAAGCCUCACUGUUUCAAUUGUGGUUCUGAAGAACACCAAAUGAAAGAUUGCCCAAUGCCUCGGAAUGCUGCUCGAAUAAGUGAAAAGAGAAAAGAGUAUAUGGAUGCCUGUGGGGAAGCAAACAAUCAGAAUUUCCAGCAGCGAUACCAUGCAGAAGAAGUAGAAGAAAGAUUUGGAAGAUUCAAGCCAGGAGUUAUUAGUGAGGAACUUCAAGAUGCGCUAGGUGUGACAGACAAGAGUCUUCCACCUUUUAUCUAUCGGAUGCGCCAGCUAGGGUACCCACCAGGGUGGCUCAAAGAGGCUGAAUUGGAGAAUUCGGGGCUUGCACUCUAUGAUGGAAAAGAUGGCACUGAUGGGGAAACAGAAGUUGGAGAAAUACAACAGAAUAAAAGUGUCACUUACGAUCUCUCAAAAUUGGUCAACUAUCCUGGUUUUAAUAUAUCUACUCCCAGAGGAAUUCCAGACGAAUGGAGGAUCUUUGGUUCCAUACCAAUGCAGGCAUGUCAGCAGAAGGAUGUGUUUGCCAAUUACCUUACUUCUAACUUCCAAGCGCCGGGUGUGAAGUCUGGCAACAAGAGGUCUUCAUCUCACUCUAGCCCAGGUAGUCCAAAGAAGCAGAAGAAGGAAAGCAACUCAGCGGGAUCCCCCGCCGACAUGGAGCUCGAUUCGGAUAUGGAGGUACCACAUGGUUCUCAGAGCAGCGAAAGUUUUCAGUUUCAACCACCGUUACCUCCUGAUACUCCUCCACUCCCCCGGGGAACUCCUCCACCCGUCUUCACCCCUCCACUCCCAAAGGGCACACCGCCGCUGACUCCCAGUGACUCACCCCAGACCAGAACAGCAUCUGGAGCUGUGGAUGAGGACGCACUGACUCUAGAAGAACUUGAAGAACAGCAGAGGCGGAUCUGGGCAGCUCUUGAGCAGGCCGAGAGCGUAAACAGCGACUCCGAUGUUCCUGUGGACACACCUUUAACUGGCAAUUCCGUUGCCUCAUCACCUUGUCCAAAUGAGCUAGACCUCCCUGUCCCGGAGGGAAAAACAUCUGAAAAGCAGAUGCUGGAUGAGCCUGAGGUACCAGAGGUUUUUACAAAGAAAUCAGAAGCUGGACACGCCCCCAGUCCAGAUUCUGAGGUGACAUCACUUUGUCAGAAGGAAAAGGCAGAGUUGGCUCCGGUAAACACUGAAGGUGCCCUUCUUGAUAAUGGCAGCGUCGGACCAAACUGUGACAUCAGCAAUGGGGGCAGCCGGAAGCUCUUUCCUGCAGACACCAGUCCUUCAACGGCCACUAAAAUUCAUAGCCCUAUACCUGACAUGAGCAAAUUUGCAACUGGAAUCACGCCAUUCGAAUUUGAGAAUAUGGCAGAAUCUACUGGAAUGUACCUCAGAAUAAGAAGCUUGUUAAAGAACUCACCCCGAAACCAGCAGAAAAACAAAAAGGCCUCUGAAUAAUGGCUUGACUUAGCACUGAGAGCUAUUUAAUAACUUUGUUCCGUUAAUUAGUACUAAUUAAGUGGAUAGAUAGAAUGGUUUUCCUGUUUGUCCCUCCCAUGUUUAAAAAUCUAUCCAAGGUUCAUGUUCCAAAGUCAAGCCUAUUUUAAAGAAAGACUGAGCUCACUAGUUCAGUAUAUUUUAUUCUCACUGACAAAACUUGGGGGGAGAUGUGAAUAUGACCUGGUUUAGAGAGGGUUUGUUAAGGUUUAUACUAUUUUUGGAUUGUGACUGUCCGUCAAGAGUGAUGAUUUUUAUCUGUCUUUUGUACAUUGUUUUCCCUUUCUACAUUUUGCUAAUUAUCCUGUAUAUAAGUUUAAUAUAUCACUUUUUAAAAGAAAAAAUUCUACCAUUUUAAAUUCAUGUUUCAACUACUACAACCAAAUGAGAAAAAUCAGGGAUGAGCAGCUUUAUCCCAUUUGGGGUAUUUUUAUAACUGAUUUACAUGAGUCAAUUUUAGUAAUACUUUUACUUUUUUAUAACUUCAUUCUUCAUAUAUGCUUGCUAUACAGGUGUGUUCAUCUUUGUGUACAGAGGUUUAAUAAAUUAGUUUUCAUAUACAUAA